AUGGUCGGGACCCUCACGACGACGUGUGCCAACAAGGCGGCGCCCGCCUGCGUCGUCUACGGGCCUGGCAACGAGACCGACGUGACGUUCAGCAGCGGCUCCACCAGCCUCUACGUGAGCGUCGACGUCCACGUCCUGCACGCGCUGCCGGCCGGCACCGCCACCUUAUACCUCGAGGACAACUCACUCGCGCUCAUCGAGCCAGCGUUCACUGCGCCUGCGCAGCUCACCGCCAUGAGUCUGCGCUACAACGCGCUGGACAGCGCACUCAACGUCGUCCAGUGGCCAGCGUCGCUCACCAACCUCGACCUCACGGGCAACAACAUGCGGGUCGUCAACGGAUCCUUCUCGCUGCCCACCAAGCUCCGCUCUUUGUCGCUCUCGACCAACAACCUCACGAUCAUCGACGGCUGGCGCAUUCCGCCGACGCUGCUAAGCCUGGACCUCUCGUUCCACUACAUUGAGACGUUCAACGUCGACGCAGCGUCGUUUGCAGCGCUACGCGACAUCAAAGUCUACUCGACCGUUCCGAUUCGACCAACCUCGUGCGCCGGCUCGCUGCAGACGUAUGAAGGCGCCCCCGACGCCCGGACGAAGGAGGUCCUCACCCACAAGAUCUGCGUUGUCGCCAGCAGCACCACGACAGCGCCAACGGCCGUGAACCAAGGCACGACGGCGCCGGGAACCGCGUCGCCAGCCUCCUCGUCCUCGGCCUCGUCGGCCACGUACAUUGGCAUCGGUGUCGGUGCCGCCGUCGUCGUCGCAGUUCUCGCGUUUCUCCUGCUCCGGCGCCGGCGACGACCGCUCUCGGGUCUGGCAACACCGAGCACGACGGACCUGCGCUCGACCUUUCAGCAAUUUCAAGAGUCCCAGCUGCGCGAGAUCGCCACAUCGAAAGGCUCGGACGGCACGUUUGCGUACACGUACGACAUUCGAUCGGACCCGGAGCUGAACGGGUACCGGAUUCCCAAGCGCGAGUUGCUGCACAAGCAGAUUUGCGGCAACGGCGGCUUUGCGAUCGUGUACAAAGCGCUCUUCCAAGACCAAGUGGUCGCCGUCAAGGAGCUCCAGGCCGUCCACACGCGCCACGCGACCCACGUCCAGGCGUUCAUGCACGAAAUCCAGCUCUUUUCAACGCUCCAGCAUGACAACAUUGUCCGUUUUGUCGGCGUCUCGUGGACGACCCUGCACGACUUGGCACUUGUGACUGAGUUCUUACCCAACGGCGACCUCCGGGACCUUCUGUUGCGGGAUCUCGACACGCAGAGUCUCCACUGGACGAUGCCGUCCUCAACGUUCCCCGUCUCCAAGCUGCAGAUGGCCGUCAACGUCAUCGACGCGAUCACGUACCUGCAUUCGUUUGAGCCCAAGAUCCUCCACCGCGACCUGAAAUCCCGCAACAUCCUCCUCGAUGCCACCUACGUCGCCAAACUCACCCGCUUGGUCGUGGACGAGACCAUGACGCGCGAGGCCGGCACGACCGCGUGGACGGCGCCCGAGGUGCUGCUGAGCGACGGCCACUACAACGAAAAGGCCGACGUCUACUCGUUCGGCGUCGUCCUCUCGGAGCUCGACACGUGGCAAGUGCCGUACGCCACCACCUCGUCGUCGCAGCCCAUGUCGUCGGUGCAAAUGGCGCUGCUUGUCUCGACCGGCAAGCUCACGCCGACCUUCCGCGACGACUGCCCCUCCGACAUCUUGGCGCUCGCUAAAGAAUGUCUGGCCAUGGACCCAGACGAUCGACCGACAGCAGCUCAUGUGGCCUUCGCGCUGCGGAAGCUCCUUCGCGCCACCGUAUUGUCCACAUAA